AACACCCGUUGAUUGAAACGCGCGGUCUUAUCUUAUCAAUCAAUCUCCCACACGGGUCAUUUAACUAGUUAAACUCUCCCAGCAUUCGCACUCGAAACAGCUUCUACCUUCAGAUUCCACCUAGCUUGGCUUCUCUCUCUUCUACUCUCUCAAAUCUUUAACCCCCCUUUAAAACUUGAUCUACGACGCGUCGAGGACGCAUAUCUGCUAAUGGAACCUCCCGAGUUCGUUACUCUCGCGUCGAACGAUGGAUUCGAAUUCGUGAUUUCAAGAAGUGCGGCUUGUAUAUCAGGAACAAUACGUCGAAUGCUUGAUCCAGCUAGCAAAUUCUCCGAAGCCGUGACCGGCCGAUGUGUCUUCGAAGAUUUGAAUGGUGUCGUCCUCGAGAAGGUCUGUGAAUAUUUUCUCUAUCACGAGAAGAAUAAAGGCCAAUCUGAAGUGCCCGAUAUGGAUAUACCGCCAGAACUAUGUCUAGAGCUACUUAUUGCGGCUGAUUAUCUCGACAGUGACAUAAACGGAUCAUGCGUUGUCGAUUCUGGGAAGCUGAAGAGAUAUAUUUGGCGUUUGGUGUUAAAUCUUGACUAGAGCGGUUCGAUGCAGGAUAGCCAUGGUUUCAGCAAUAUGCUUCGUUGGCUUAUUUAGAGAGGCUAAGAUGAUACAUAGAUCUUUUUUUCUUCAAUAUACCCUCUUUCGCUAUCUUUAUUCUGCAGCUGAUUGCCCUACAGGCCACCAGCAAAGCAUGCAAGACUGAAGCCCACACCUGGCAUUACGUACCCUCAUGUCACGUUACAAUGACAUAGUCCCACUUAUAGCUGAGGAAUACGUCUAAACGUGAUGGGUAUAUCAAACAGUUCCAGCGAGAAAGUGGCCUCGGGGGAGACUUGCGAAUUCGCGUCACGCACCCUCUUGCCUCUCGAAAAAUAGCUAGCGAAAUACAUGUCUCCAUCAAUCCAGCGGGAACUGCGACAGGUGUCUCGUCAUGAUCCGCGGCUACCAACCCGUCCUAUCCUCCCCUAAUAUUGCUGCUC